GUAUCCCAGGGAACUCAGGGUACAAUGCAGGGGACACCCUGGACACAUCAGGGCACAAUCACACACCCAUUCACACACUACAGACAAUUUGGAAAUGCCAAUCAGCCUACAGCGCGUGUCUUUGGACUGGAGGAGGAAACCGGAGUACCUGAAGGAAACCCCCAGAGCAUGGGAAGAACAUGCAAGCUUCAUGCACACACGGCAGAACGGCAGCCACCGUGCCCCCCUAGAUUUGGAAUAGACUGGAAAAGAUUAUAUGGAUAUUCGAACGUAUUGGGAACGUCGGAGUCCACUUCCUCAUACGUCAUCAUCCUGCGACGACGCGUCACUGGCAAUGGCGGAAGCUAGCACAGUGAAAAUUGCUUUAACAGCUUUGGUCAAAUCGUUUAUUUAAAAGUAAAUAUAUAAGAAGUGUGCUUACUGUUGUUCAUUUCAUGAUUACGUCGAUCUUGUGUCGUUUUAUUAAACAAAACAAACAACAACAACUGCUUGAGAACUUUAUCGUGCGACUUCGCUGCUGCGCACGUGGGGCAGAUUCAGCAUGGACUCCAGAACAAGGAAACGUGUUAAAAUGGCUGCAGUGCUGGUGGAUGAUGAUGAAGAGGAGCUUUCUCCUGAUGAGGAGAACAUGAUCAGUGCCAGUGAGGACGAGGAGGACAGCGAUGAUGACAGGAAACACACUAAACUCCUGGAGGCCAUCAGCUCUCUGGGAGGGAAGAGAAGGAGGAUGCAGGCGGAGAGAUCGGAGGCCAGCCAGCAGGUCUCGGAGUUCUCGGUGAACGCAGAGGGAGCGGGAGAGAAGGUCAAGCUCUCGGACCUGCUGGGUUGCGCGGAGGAAACGCCUGGAGCGCCGAGCAAGACCAAGAAGCAGCUGAGGAAACUGCAGAACUCGAAAGAGACGCUGGAGCUCCCGCUGAGCCGCCAGCAGACCGAGAAGAUCCAGAGGGGCGUGGCAUACGAGCGCAGCAGUAAGGAGGUGUCCCGCUGGGAGACCGUCAUCAGACAGAACCAGAAGGCCGAGCAGAUCAUCUUCCCUCUUAAACAGGAACCAGCCGGACCCAAACGUGUGGAGCAGGUGGUGGCCGGAUGGAAGGCUCAGACUCCUCUGGAGCAGCAGAUCUUCAGUCUCCUGCACAGUAAUCAUCAGCCGGUCACUGACCCCGUGUUGACCCCUGUGGAGGAGGCGUCCAUCAGGGCCAUGAGUCUAGAGGAGGCGAAGAUCCGGCGUGCUGAGCUCCAGAAGGCGCGAGCGCUGCAGUCUUACUACGAGGCCAAAGCUCGGAGAGAGAAAAAGAUCAAAAGCAAGACGUAUCAUAAGGUACAGAAGAAGGCUAAGCGUAAGGAGUUCUUGAAGCAGUUUGAUGAGAUGAUGAAGACGGAUCCGGCUGCGGCGCUGGAGGAGUUGAAGAAGAUGGAGCUGUCCCGGAUGGAGGAGAGGAUGUCCCUCAAACACCAGAACAGCGGCAAGUGGGCCAAGACCAAAGCCAUCAUGGCUAAAUACGACGAAUCGGCCCGUAAGGCCAUGCAGCAGCAGCUGGAGCUGAACAAGGAUCUGACUCAGAAACUCGUGGUGUCAUCAGACGAUGAUGACGAGGGAGAAGACGACAAAGAGGCGAGCGCUCUCCCUGAUUUCGUGAACGAGCCCGAGUCCGCCUCCGGCUCCGUGAACCCCUGGAUGAGAGGCAAACUGAGCAGCGAGGGUCACGAGGUCACGGCGGAUCCUGUCACGACGACUACAGAGGAGCCAGCAAGCAGCCAGAGACGGGAGGAGGAACAGGAAGAGGAAGAGGAAGAAGAGGAGAACGAGGAAGAGCAGCUGCUGAGGCACUUUCAGACGAAACGGAAGCUGAGGCAAGACCGGGAAGACGAUCUGGUCCCUGUCACACAGGAGGAGCCAGACGCGCGCGCAGGAGCACAGGAGGACGCAGAGGAAACGGCGAGAGACGUACAGGAAGAGGAAAUGGUGGAGGAGGACGAGGAAGAGGAGGAAGAAGAGGUCGUGUCUGAAUUCAACACUCUGUUUAACAGGCUGAUGAAGAGCACUCGCACGCCCACGGAGCCGCCGCCGCAGGGCAGAGCCAGUCGGAUGCGAGAGGCGGAGCUUGCGCAUGAUGAGGAGGGGCUUCUGGAUGAGGGGCCGGUCCGUGCUUGCACCAUGGAGGACCUGGAGGCUCUGGUGCAUGAUGGGACUGCGGAGGAGACGGCGGCGUCUGCUUCACAUGCCGCCGGCGUGGACACCUCGUCUGAGCCACGGAGCGAGAAGAAGAAGAAGAAGAAAGAAAUCGACCCGAGCGAAGUGCUCACUAAAGACGCCAACGUGAUUACAGUGCCGCUGGCGCCGACGCUGGUGGAGGGAGAGGAAGAGGAGGGCCCGUCGACGCAGAUGUCCAUCAUUAAGGAGGCCUUCGCGGGAGACGACGUCAUCUCCGACUUCCUGAAAGACAAAAAGAAACAGGAAGAGGCGGGGAAACCCAAAGUGGUGGACCUGACCCUGCCCGGGUGGGGGGACUGGGGCGGAGUCGGGCUCAAACCCCCCCGAUACAAACGCUUAAAGUUUCGGCUGAAGCUUCCUCCUGCUGCUCCGAGAAAAGACCAGAAGCUUCCUGCAGUGAUCCUUUCCGAGAAGAGGAACUCGUCCAUCGCGUUACAUCAGGUGAGCCAGUUGCCGUUCCCGUUCCAGGACAGCUCUCAGUUCGAGACGUGUAUCCGUUCUCCCGUGGGUCAGACGUGGAACACGCAGAACACGGUGAAGAAACUCACCGCGCCCAAAGUGGUGACCAAACUGGGCUCCAUCAUCGAGCCGCUGAGGAAAGAGGACUUCCUGCCGGAGCAGAAAAGCGCCGGCGCGCUGAAGGAGCGGCCGCAGAUCAUCCUGGAGGAGAAGGGCGGCAAAGCGGGGAAGCGAGGGGGCGGAGCCAGGCGAGAGCGACGACGACGACGUCAGAAGAACAAGAAGAAAUAGAAGAAAAGAGGACUGACUUUACUCCGGACGAUCGCAUGACCUCGUAUGACCUUUGGACUCGAAUCGUCUUGAACGAAGAGACGGCGAUCAUCGUUGGACUUUAUAAAGGAGAGAACUAGAAGCUAAAGUGGACAGAUUUAACGAAAUGCGUCACAGGAAAGAGAAACUCGUUGGAAACACAGUGUACUUGUUUUUUGCCUCGUCCUCUCGGGCGUGUCUCGGCCUCUGAUGUCUCACGUGUCAUUAAACUGCUUAUUCUUAU